CAGCUGAAGAGUUUGCGGUUUGUUUCUAUUUCAAUUUAACAUCCCUCCAAAAUCUCUCCCCCUCUCUCUUGCAGUUCGUACAAUUCCCAAUUCGAUCCAAUUAGGGUAUCUUUCUUCAACUCUCUUCGAUUAAAAACCCUAAUUACUUCAAAAUGUCGGCUUCAACGGUGUCGAUCACGGCGAAUCCAGCGUCGGCAAGGCGGAGACCGGUAGUGGUUUCCGACAAGAAAUCACCAAGCAACAACAUCGAAUUAGUAGUGCCGAGUGAACAACAAAUCAACGGCGGCGGCGGCGGCGGAAAAGCCAAAGUCACCGCCGCUGCGAGUAGGGAUCUAAGUCAUCACUCGAUUCUGGAGAGGACCGUGAAAGAUCUUCAAGUGAAGAAGACGAGUUCGACAAUUUCGCCGCGGAGGGCGAGGAAGGUGGAGAAACCGCGGUGGAUGAAGGUGGUGAGUGUGUUUACUAAGAAUUUUGUGCUUUUGCUUGUUUUGGCAGGGUUAGUGCAGAUGGUUAGGAAAUUGGCUGUGAAAUCAGGGGGUAUUGAAAGUGCUAGUGUGGGGACACAAAUGGGGUUAUCUGAAUUUGAUGGGAGGAUAGCGGAAAUGGAGUCAAUGGUGAAAACCGCGGUGAAAAUGAUCCAGGUUCAAGUAGAAGUUGUUGAUAAGAAGAUCGAGAGUGAAGUCGGUGGGUUAAGAAGGGAAAUGAGCAAGAAGAUUGAUGAUAAAGGUGUGAUCUUGGAGAAGGAGUUGAGGAAAUUAGUGGAGAGAAGUGAAGGGUUGGAAAAGAAAAUUGGAGAGUUGAAAGCUGGUGAUUGGUUGUCGAAGGAGGAUUUUGAGAAGUUCUAUGAGCAGUUUAAGAAGGCAAAGGGUGGGGAAUUUGAUGGGAGUGAUGUGAGUUUGGAUGAUAUAAUGGUGUAUGCGAGGGAGAUAGUGCAGAAAGAGAUUGAGAAGCAUGCGGCUGAUGGGCUUGGGAGGGUGGACUAUGCGCUGGCAACUAGUGGUGGAAUGGUUGUGAAGCAUUCUGAUCCCUAUAUGGCUGGGAGAGGGGUUAACUGGUUCUUGAAGGGCAGAGGGGUUCAUCCAAAUGCUGAUGAGAUGCUAAAACCAAGUUUUGGGGAGCCUGGGAAGUGCUUUGCUUUGAAGGGAAGUAGUGGGUUUGUCCAGAUUAAGCUGCGAGGUGCUAUUGUUCCUGAAGCUGUUACGCUGGAACACGUUGCUAAGAGUGUGGCUUAUGACAGGUCAACUGCACCUAAGGACUGCCGGGUGUCUGGGUGGCUGCAGAACCGCGAUCUUCAUACAGCAGAUGAUGAAGAGAAGAUGCUUCUUUUAACAGAGUUUACUUAUGACCUCGAGAAAAGUAACGCACAGACCUUCAAUGUAUUGGACAAUACAGCCUCUGGACUUGUUGACACAGUGAGACUGGACUUCACAUCUAACCAUGGAAGCCCCACACUUACCUGCAUUUAUCGCUUGAGGGUACAUGGUUAUGAACCUGAUCCUUCUUCAAUGACGGCAAUGCAGCCUUGAUGCAUCUGGUCCUUUUGUAACUGUUUAUCCUUUUGAAAUUCUUUGCUUAGCUUUACGAUCAAUUAUUUUUUCUUUGUAGCUUCCAAGUACCUAGACAUAGAUAAUGUGUGUGCUUGGUCUUACCACUCAUCGUGUUCCAUAGGUCUCUCUCUACUUGUGUGUUAGCAUUGUCCAGUUCUAUGUUUCUACCUGUAUUAGUAUUGUCAAAUUGGUCAGCAUUUUAUGAACCGUUGAUCAAAAUGGUGAAAACCCAGAAAUUAAACUAAGAGAUCUUCAAAUCGUAAAUGGAUGUGUAUUUUCUUUGAA